ACCCGAACUCUAUCAAUCGGCGUGAGCUCGAGUUCAUAAUGCGCUACCACUGCAAUCAAAAUGGCGUUUUUAUUUAGUGUGAGAGGUGUUGUGAACCAUUUAUGUUAGUAUAAUGUAAAAACUAUAGCUAUAUACUGUUGCACAAUUGAUUAUAUUUAUCACAUAAUUGAAACUGAAAAGAUGGAGGAAUGAUGACAGUAGAACAGGAUGGUCCACGGGUUGCUGAGUACCUGAUAGUUGCUGGCCUAUCAGAGACCUCCAGACCACUAGAUGAGGGCCUACCGAAUGAUUCUCAUUUGAAGGCUUCGUCCACGCCGAGUGAACCCAUCACAGAUGUAGCAGUGAUAUUGCGAGGGCAUGGCGAAAAGGUGCCAGCUGGGUUUACAUGUAUAGAAACGACGCCCACAGGUUUCCCAGCGGAUCUAAGCCAUGGCUGUAUUGGGAGUCCAAACAUAUUUCUUUGCAUUAAACGAGGGUUUGACAAGCCUCCACUCACUGAUAUUGGAAUUCUAUACGAAGGAAAGGAACGUGUAAUGAAUGGGUGUGAGAUUAUCAGUACCACGCCAACAGGACAUCCAGCUAAUGUCAACAACAGUCGUAUAGGUGUUGGAGGACAACGUGCUUACAUCACGUAUAGAAGAGCACAAUCCACAUCUCCUCAGAAUUCCCUAGCAGUUUAUGAUAUAUGUGUUAUACUAGCCAAUAAAGGAGAAUCUCCUCCGCAUGCGUUCUGUAAGAUUAACAAGAAUUUGAAUAAAGGUGCAGUGGUUGGAUCCGAUGUUUACAUGUGCUACAAGAAAUCAGCCAUUAAGAGUGAUUCUGUUACUUUUCAACCAGAAACAUUGAGCCGGUAUCCUCUAGAGGACCAUGAAUCCUUCACUUUACCUGAUUCCGUGUCCAGGUUUUGCUUGCCUAUGGGUGCUGUUAUCGAAUGCUGGUCCAGGGAACGCAUGCAUCCUUUACCGGUAUUCUCCACAUUUAUUCUCACAGAUAGUACAGGUGACAAGAUAUAUGGUGCUGCUGUUACAUUUUAUGAAACGUACCCAGAAGAGAGUCUCACACCCCAACAGAAGAUUGCUUUAAACAUCAAACAGAAGAAGGAAGAUGGAUACAACAUCCACACCAACAAGGCAGUCUGUCUACUCUCCCGUUGGCCAUUCUUCGAGCCCUUUAAGAAGUUCCUCUCAUUCUUAUACAGGUUGUCAAUAUCAGGGCCUCAUGUAAUACCUAUUGAAAGGUAUAUUGCACACUUUAUUCAUGAAGUUCCUUUUCCAACUACACAAAGACCAAGAAUUUUAGUUCCUCUUGCUCAUGACAAGUUGAUCCUGACUCAGCCAAGGAUGACAGCGAUCCCAUUAAGUGGGGCAUCGUUCUGUGCACUGCUACGAAACCUUGGUCCUGAUAAUUGCAUGAACCUUCUGGUUUACGCUCUUCUUGAACAUAAGAUCUUACUACAUUCACUUCGACCAGCAUUGCUCACAAGUGUUUCAGAAGCUGUAUCCAAGGUGAUCUUUCCUUUUGUAUGGCAGUGUCCCUAUAUUCCACUCUGCCCUUUGACCCUAUGUGGUGUCCUUUGUGCUCCUCUUCCAUUCAUUGUCGGUGUUGACUCGCGUUAUUUUGACAGCUAUGAAGCGCCCUCUGACGUGACAUGUAUUGAUAUUGAUACCAACAGUCUAUUACAAUGUGACGAUCGAAAAGGUCAAAAUUGGAAGAUCCUUCCAAAGAAACCUGCAAAACGACUUCAUGCGAAGUUGGAUAGUCUCUAUGUGGAGCUCUGCCAAUCAAAUGUCUGGGAUGGCAUUUCAGAUGAUCUGGCUGUUGAGAUAGCUCCACUGGACAAUGAUUUUAGUCGCAAAAAGAAACAGGCCCACAUGGAGUUGUGUAUUCAGGAAGCGUUCCUUGUGUUCAUGGCAUCAAUGUUGAAAGGAUAUCAACAGUAUUUGUUACCUAUUACCCAGCAACCUAACAUGAGGACCAUGGAUGCGACUUCCAGGUUUGACGGCCCAGGUUUCAUCAAGAGCAGAGAUAAGAUGUCACAUGCAUUCUUCAAGCAAUUUAUCAAAACUCAGAUGUUUAUGUUCUUCAUUGAAGAACGUUCUUUUGUGUCACAUAAUGAUGAUAUCUUUAACUUCUUUGAUGAAUGCACUCGAAAGGUUGACUCUGAAAGUAGAGAAGAGCUUAAGUUUUUGGAGACUGAAGAUUCCUCGCAGAGUAGUGAGCACACAGUGUAUGUUGCCCCACCUGAACCUGUAGGCAAUGAGGAUCAGAAGGGAUAUAGUUACAAUGUAUUUCCUCGUUUGAAUGAUAAGUAUUUCAACACCUCCACUGCGACGCCAUUGAAGCGAGGCAGAAGCACCAAAAGCAUUCCAACUAGUCCAGUGCCACGACGAACAAAACAGGAGAUAAAGAGUUCACUAGAAUUGGCUAAGAAGCAAGCAUCAUCUCCAGAAGAAUGGGCAAAAUGUCUUAUGGGUAAUUGCUAUAGUAUAUGGUUUACGCAUCUACCAUCUUACGUGAAGUCAAGCCACUCAAAGACAAGAGCGCUCCGGACCGCUUUCACUGUUUUAAAAAAGAUGCAGGCUUAUAAUCUUACUUUAGCAGAUGAAGUGUGCUACCGCGUUAUAAUGCAACUUUGUGGCCAGUAUUGUCAGCCAGUUCUUGCUGUGCAGGUCUUUAUGGAAAUGAAGAAAAAUGGGAUCACCCUUAACGCCUCCACAUAUGGCUAUUAUAAUAAGGCUGUUUUAGAAAGUCCUUGGCCGACGUCAUCAUUUACUGCCUACCAGCAAUGGAUCAAGCUACGUAACGUAAUAAUGGCGGUAGCGCAGUUCCGUCAAGGUCUCAAGAGGUCCAACUGGGACACAGUCAGUGAAACUGACACUCGCAGCGGGAGUAGCGUUGAUGUUGAUAUCGUCAUCGGGGACGCUAAACCAGAGAUCCAACUGAUUGACAUUGCAGGGAAUUUGACCAGAGAGGAAAAAUGCGGAACAGGCAACUCGGAUAUGGGAUACGCAUCAAUGAUUGAGAGCCUAGGUAGCACCGACUUGCUCGGCUCUCCAGAUGCAACGAUUGUUCCAGUACAAAUGAGUUCUCCGGCUAGCCCGUCCCGGAGUCCUCAUCUAAUGGACAAGAGUCCUCUUGAGGAGGAUACCACUCAAACUCUGAAUUCUAAAGUGCAAAGUCUUAAGCAUUGUAAGGUGCAAGGCAUGUUGGGAGAUUUCCCUGGUGCUGGACCUAUUGUGCGCAAUUCCAAAGCCAGUCAUAGUAGUAUCAGCAGCCUGGGCACAUUAACAGGUAGUACAAGCAGUUCAGCUGGGCUCUUAAUCACUGGUCAUGAUUCAAUUGACACUACCUUAGAAGAUAGUGUCUUCGAAAGCCAAGAUCCUCCAAAAUCGAACUCAACAGCAUUUCGCAAACGACAUUUAAGUACUGGCGACUCGAGCCAUCAGAGUCCGACCCCAUGUAAUUAUAGAAGCCGUACCACAAGUGGUGAUAGCAAUGCAACUAUCACUUCUUAUCUUACAAGCCAGCAUAGUCUUGACGGUGAAUCAAACAUUAUACGAAGCAAUUUGUUCGGUAGUGAUGCUAAAAUUCUUGAGGGUUUUGCACAUUCAAAUCCAAAAUUAAGACUCUCACCUCUUUUGGGAAAUAAUAAUGUGCUGAAUGAAGGUGAAAAUGUGGAAAACAUGGAUGAAAAGUUUCUAGUUCAACGUUCUCAUUCUGUCGGGAGUAAGCCCGACAACUGGAAUGAACUGAUGUUCGAUGAAGUGAAAGGAACACCUGAACAAAAGAUGGAAAUUGAGUCUUUAAUUCAUGGUAUUGAAGCACUCAGCAUGAACCUGCACACUACAAAGGUUAAUGAUGAGAAAAUUGCUGAAAGUAAGGACAAUGAAAAUGCAUUGAUCUGUUUAAUGGACGAUGACAUUCCCGGGAAUAGUAUACUUGACCAAUCAAUAGAAUUUGAGCCUCAAUUGAUUGAUUUUAGUAGUGAGAGAACUCCAAACUCAACUGUAGUUUCUUCUGAGAAUGAUUUAUUAGUUGAAUUUACUGAAACAAAUACAAGUUCAAAUACUGUAAUUGAAAAAUCUGAUCUUGAAAUUAAUCUGUUGGAUGAAACGCAAGGCACUGAUUUAGAUACCAAGGAGGAAACUGCAGAUGAAGAGACAACUAAUAAAAUGGCCGUUGAGACAGAGACUGUUCCAAACGGCCACAUUGAGAGUGUUGAGAGAACAGAACAUAAAACAAUAUUCCACGGUAGUUCCUCUUUGAUGUCAUUGAAUGAACAGCACGAAGGGGACUCUCAAAGUAGCGAUUCUUAUUCCGGUUCAAAAGAAAAUUUAUCCCUAGCCAAGAAAACGCCUCGUCGAACUAAUAGUUUUUUUUCGCGAGUUAGUAAUUUUAGUCCUAGAGUAACAAAACUAAACUUGACAAAGACUUUAAGUAAUGCUUCAGAGCAGUUUGAAACAUUACACGGAUCUGCUAAAAAGGUAGCAAAAGCUGCCCGUGCAGCAGCGACACGGUACAGCACAAAAGUCGUGGAGUACAGUCGUCAGUUCUCGAUUCCAUUGAUGGACCAACAGGCUGCAUCAUUGACAGACAUUGACAAGCAUUCACUCUCAGAUACGUAUUUAAACCGGCCGACCUCCUGGAAUGAAUUCCAAUUUGAUGGAAUUCAAGAUGAUUUUGGAACACCUCUUACAGGAAGUAUGCAGUCGCUUAAUCUGUCGCACGAUAUGGAGGACUUUGCUUCUCGUCGUAACCUUGCGAUGGACAUACGAAUAACGAGUUGUAAUCGAUGUUAUCAGUGCAAUGCAAUGCUGUAUGAUGAAGUUAUCAUGGCAGGUUGGUCAGCGGAUGAAUCUAAUCUGAACACCAAGUGUUUUUUUUGCUCGUCUCCAAAUAUUGUUCCAUUUUUGUUUAUAAACAUUGAGGAUUUGCGUGGUAAAAGUGAUAGCUGUGGUGCAUUAAAGCGAGACAAUUCUGCGGAAAGUAUGCACAGUUUACAAGAAAACACAAAAUCGCUUGACACGCACCAAAAAAAAGCACCGUCUGUUCCCAGUAUCGACAACCUACUUCUCGAGAAAUUUGACGAGGAAACGAACAUUGAGGAUUCGGAUAGCGAAAAACUUAUAAAUUUAGAUGAUGAUAAUUUGGACACUUCUCGUAGUGAUAGCGCCCUCACUGUUGAGGUGGAUAAAUCAUUGACUCAACGUCAACGAUCUACGAGUGAAUGUAAACAAGCAGAUCUUGUAGAUAUGGGCCAAAGUUUAAGUAGUCUAAAACCAUUUGAAGAUAGAAACAGACGACAAUUAAAGAGCAGCACAUUACCGGCUCGAACUAAGAAUCUCACGGUUCAGGAUGAAUUCUUCCAGGCGUCUAGCCUGACUUCUAGUCAUUACGGAUCCAAGGAGUACAUACCACCACCGGCCAAUAAAAAGAAGAUUGAGCCCAUCAGCGUGCCGUAUCUUAGCCCGCUAGUCUUGAGGAAAGAGAUGGAAAACGCUAUUGAGCAUGAGGGGGAAUCAUGCUUAAGGUCACCUGAGUUUGUAGAGAUGCAUCCAAUCAUCUUCUGGAAUCUGAUUUGGUAUUUCCGUCGUCUUGAAAUUCCAACCAACCUUCCAGGCUUAAUUUUAGCUGCGUACAGUGAAGGCAGGGAGACAGUAGAAGCUUGCAACCAAUAUCUACAUAAUGAUAGCCGACAUAUUAAGCUAAACCUGCUCUGGGACAAUGUGGAAUUGUACAAUGAGAUUGGUGUACCUAUGUACAUACUGUGGAACAAUCGUAAUUCAUCACUGAUGAAGGCGCUUAUCACAGAAAGACAAUCAUUCUCAAAAGGAUUUAUGCUAGAAGUUGUAAAGUGUAUUAAAUCUAACGAUGUUCAGCGCCCGAUUGAGAUGAUGCUGGAGGAGUUCAAAAAGCAACAGAUCUCAAAAGAUAAGCGUAGAAGUAUCUACCGCGAGAUUUUGUUCUUGGCUUUUGUGGCUCUGAAAAGGGAAAAUAUUGAUCAUGAUGCAUUUGAUGUUGAGUAUCAAAUAGCAUGUAGUCGUCUGGCAGCAGAGCUCAAGGAAGAUCUGCAGGUGCAUGACAAGUCUCCAGCAGUGUCUAUACAACGAUGCCGCAAGAUAUUCGGCGAGCUGUUUCUUUAAUAUCAACAUAAUCACUUGUAGUUUUCUUUUUAUUGUGAUAGUCAAGUUUGCAGAUUCCUGCAUGAUUAUUAUCAGGAGAAUGUUGAAAUUCUUAAAAUUAAAAUUUAUAAAUAUGGAUUUUUUUACUAGAUAUGUUGGUAUAGAAGAUUAAGUUAGCUAAUUUUGUUUUUGGAUUUUAGUGGCUAAAGGGUUUAAAAGACCUGUUAAUAUAAUAAUAAUGAAUUGUUUAUCAAAAAGUUGAUCAGGAUUUUUGGAGAAAAAAAAAGAAAGAUUAUUAAAAACAGUCAAACAGCAAGUGAAAAACUGUCAGUUAAUUUGGAAUCUUGUUUUUUGGAAUACUUACUGAAACCUUGCUUUUAUCUCAGUAGUGUAUAAUAAAAAAACAUCUACUUUUCUUUUUCAGAUUAAUUUAGUGUCAAAAUUGAAACAUUUGUAUGGGGGUAAACCAGUUUAUGGCCAAAACAGAUACGCUUCAUUCUAAAACAUCAUUUUUGCACUCAUAAAAUAUAUCAAAAAAUAUGGGUUUUUAUAAAAAUACACAAGUUACUACUAUUAUAUUAUAUAUAUUAUAUUGGCAUUUAUUUGUGUGUUCAAACACAUUUGUGUACUAUUUUCUCUCUAAUAUAUAAUCACUUCACAGCUCAAUAUUGAUGAAUUAUAAUAUUUUUACCAAAUGGCUUUUUAUAUUAAAAAAGUAAAAAUAAUAAUACAGUAAUCCAGCACAUAUAAUGUACCAGUUAUUUAUAAAAAUAUUUCUAGGCACAGUUAUCCCAUGUUAUCAGGUGCAUAAACAGCCAUGUACUACGAAAAAUAAAUGUCUUUAUGGUGGUGGUUAAUUGUUCCAGAUAUCAGGUGUAGCAGCCGAUGCCUACUAGUUGUGCAACUAACUUAACCAUCAAAAUUCAAUUCCAUUUUAAUGUAACACAAGCCAGUACCCACUUCAACAAUCACAAGACAUAAGGCAAAACAUAUAAAGAUUUCAUUAAGUCAUAUUCUAGCUAUAAUAAUAAUGCUUCCUGGGUAGGGACACCAUUAUUUAACAUCAUAGAAAAAUAAUUCACUUUCAACUAGUGUUUAAUUGUUUGGUCAAAUUCAUUAUAAGACAUUCCAAUUUGAAACAAAUUGUACUAGGCCUAGCAUUAAUGUUUUAUCCAACUAGAAUUGGAAUGACUACAGUCAGGGAUCGCCAUAUGACAAAAGUAAUUAACAAUGAAGAACCUCCUCAAUCUUACUUAAAUAAGUUUAUUAUUCUUUAUAUUUAUUUUGUAUUUCCAGCUAGAGAUGUUAGUGUCUUAUCAGUUAUUUAUUAUUAUUCUAAUUGGUUUU